GUCUGGACUCCAUUAGAAGCUGCAGCUGUUUGGAAAGAAACAACAACAACAGAGAGAGCGCGCGCGCGCCGGAGACGCUCGUUCACCCGUCAUUCCGAGCCCGUGGAGUCGAUCGAACUGCCCCGUUACCCCCCUUUUUAUUACCACCAUUAUCAUUAUUAUUAUUAUUAUUAUUAUUUUACCCCCCUCCCUGACACCCCCUCCUCCUCCUCCUCCUCCUCCUGUCCCCGGUUCCCUCGCGGGGCAUCCCGGGCUUCUCACCACGGCCGCUCUCGGCGAGGGAACUCUGGCCUCCGCUUCCUCCUCCUCCGACUCGGACACCGGCGGAGCGUCGCCGCCCCCGCGGAAGAAGCGCCGAGCCUCGGCGGCGGAGGGAGCAGGAGAGCCCGAGGCUUCAGCAGUAGCAGCAGGCCCGGCGGGCCUCUCGGCGGCGCUUCCCGCACGGACUCCCCCGCAGCCCCACGCCGUCCCGUUCAGCCGCGGCGCCGGUGCCAGCAUGCAGUCGAACGGGGCCGAUCAGGGCCAGGACCCCGGGCUCGGCGGCCAGAACAGCGGUAACAGCGCGGGGAGCCGGGAGAACGGGGAGCGCGCGAACGGGCUGAGCGUGUCCGGGAACGGCGCGGCCCAGCCACAGCAGCAGCAGCCCGGGGCCCCGGCCCUCCUCCUGCCCCCCCCCGCCGCCGCCGCCGCCGCCGCCGCCGGCUCCAUAAAGAAGCAGAAGCGCCUGUCCCAGUCCGAGGAGGACGUGAUCCGGCUCAUAGGGCAACAUCUGAACGGGCUGGGGCUGAGUCAGACGGUGGAUCUGUUAAUGCAGGAAUCGGGCUGUAGACUGGAACACCCCGCUGCUACCAAGUUCAGAAACCACAUCAUGGAGGGAGAGUGGGAUAAGGCGGAAAAUGACCUCAGCGAGCUCAAAGGCUUGAUGCAUUCACCCAAUGCUAUUGUGCGGAUGAAGUUCCUCCUCCUGCAGCAGAAGUAUCUGGAGUAUUUGGAGGACGGGAAAGUUCUGGAAGCGUUACAGGUGUUGAGAGGAGAGCUGACGCCGCUCAAAUACAACACGGACCGGAUCCACGUCCUCAGCGGGUACCUGAUGUGCAGUCAUGCCGAGGACCUGCGAGCCAAAGCAGAGUGGGAGGGCAAAGGAGUGAGCUCACGCUCCAAACUGCUCGAUAAACUACAGACAUACCUCCCGCCCUCGGUGAUGCUGCCUCCCCGGAGGUUACACACACUCCUGCGUCAGGCCGUGGAGUUACAGCGAGACCGCUGCCUUUAUCACAACACCAAGACGGACAACAACCUCGAAUCUGUUUCACUACUGCUGGACCACGUCUGCAGCAGGAAGCAGUUCCCCUGUUACACUCAGCAGAUUCUGACCGAACACUGUAACGAGGUUUGGUUCUGCAAGUUCUCCAACGACGGCACCAAACUCGCCACCGGAUCCAAAGACACCACCGUGAUCGUGUGGCAGGUGGACCCGGACACACACCAGCUGAAGCUGUGGAGGACGUUGGAAGGUCACGCGUACGGAGUGUCUUACCUGGCGUGGAGUCCCGAUGACGUGUACCUCAUCGCCUGCGGCCCGGACGACUGCUCAGAACUCUGGCUCUGGAACGUACAGACAGGUGAACUGCGUACGAAGAUGAGUCAGUCUCAUGAGGACAGUCUGACGAGCGUGGCGUGGAACCCUGACGGCAAGCGCUUUGUCACAGGAGGACAGAGAGGGCAGUUCUACCAAUGCGAUCUGGACGGUAACCUGGUGGACUCGUGGGAAGGAGUGCGUGUUCAAUGUUUAUGGUGCAUGAGCGACGGCCGGACGGUUUUGGCGUCUGAUACACACCAACGCAUCCGCGCAUACAACUUUGAGGACUUGACCGACAGAAACAUAGUUCAGGAGGAUCAUCCUAUCAUGUCUUUCACCGUUUCCAAGACUGGACGAUUAGCUUUGUUAAAUGUAGCAACUCAGGGAGUUCAUCUCUGGGACCUGCAGGACCGUGUGUUAGUGAGGAAGUAUCAGGGCGUGACGCAGGGCUUCUACACCAUCCACUCCUGCUUCGGCGGCCAUAACGAGGACUUCAUUGCCAGUGGCAGUGAAGAUCAUAAGGUGUAUAUCUGGCACAAGCGCAGUGAGCUGCCCAUAGCCGAGCUAACGGGACACACUCGCACCGUGAACUGUGUUAGCUGGAACCCGUGUGUGCCGAGUCUGAUGGCCAGUGCUUCAGACGACGGCACUGUGCGGGUCUGGGGCCCCACCCCCUCCCUCCACACACAGGAAGUGGACACGUUUAACGAGAACUGCAGUAACAUGGACAGUUGAUGAUGUCUGUCAACAAACAAUCAAAAAUAUCUAAAGAAUCGAUUCCACGUCGAGAACAAAUGAACAAACGCAGAACAGACAGUACCAAGUAUUGACCUGCGCCAGCGUGUGUGUGUGAGAGAGAGAGGGAGAGAGAGUGAGAUAUGAUGUGUAUAAAAGGGUGUGUGUGAGAGAAAGGUAUGAGAGGGUGUGUGUGUGUGUGAGAGAGAGGUAUGUGUGUGUGAGAGGGAGAGGUGUUCAGGAGCUCAAAACCAUCACAGCAACUGAAUCUGUCUCCGUGGCAACGCAACAAACGUCCUGAUUUUUCUGAUUGUUAGAAAAACGAGAGAUGGAGGGAUGAGGGGGAUAAAAACAAGUCUCACUUUCUCAUCACUCAUUCAUCACACACAAUAACUGUACUCAAGUUCUGUUUUACAUUUUUUUAAAGCUAUUAUUACUAACCUGAUGAGUUUACGUUUUACACCUCCUUCUCACGCGUUCAUCCUUCCAUCCCUUUUUCGUUCCGCAUCCUCUCAGCAUCAGGAGUCAAAGGUUACUAGGUUGCAGUUUUGGUUUGACAAACGUGUGUGUGUGUGUGUAUGAGCGAGUGUGUGUGUGUGUGUGUGUAAGAGAGAGAGAGAGAGAGUGAGGAGGAGGAAUAGUUUUAAUCUGAUUCAGAGCCCCACUGAGACCUUCAUCUGUGGAACAAAAAAACAAAACAUUUUUGUAAAGUUAUUGUUUUAAAAAAUAAUAAAAAAUUGAGGGCUGUUUU